ACCCCUUAGCUUGGACACUUGCAGUGAAGAUGGCGGCUGAGCUGCACCCGCGCAGCGGAAAGCUGAUCGGCCUGUCGAAUUCGAACCGAACCGCUCAGCGAAACCAACCCGUUCAAGAAUUUAAUCACGGUUUGGUGCUGAGUAGGGAACCGCUAAGGGACAGGGAUGUCUUCACCGUUCGUAUCGACAAGAAGGUGAACUCCUGGAGCGGCUCCAUCGAGAUCGGCGUGACGGCGCUGGACCCGGCCGGCCUGGACUUCCCCAGCAGCGCCACGGGCCUCAAGGGCGGCUCCUGGAUCGUGUCGGGCUGCUCGGUGCUCCGCGACGGGCGCUCCGUCCUGGAGGAGUACGGCCGCGACCUGGACCAGCUGUCCGAGGGCGACCGCGUGGGCAUCCAGCGUAGCGCCCGCGGCGACCUGCACCUGUGGGUCAACGGGCAGGACUGCGGCGCGGCGGCCAGCGGCCUGCCCCCGCGCCUCUGGGCCGUGGUGGACCUGUACGGGAAGUGCACCCAGGUGACGGUGGUGAGCUGCGAGCCGCCCUCGACGGAGCGGGCGAUGGAGAGGGUCGAGGGCCUCGUGGAGGAGGAAGAGGAGGAAGAGGAGGAGGAGGUGGUGGUGUGCGGCGUCCGGGAGGAUUCGGCGGGGGUCGGCGUGGCGACGAUGAGUAUGAUGACGGAGGAAGGACAUGAGCUCCCUCACAGUCACAGUCGACCAGACAAGUUCCCCAACAACCUAGAACCAGACACAGUCCUGACAGAGCACCAGCUCUUCGACGUCUUCAACAACGCCAUCGUGUCCCUCUAUCGCUCGGAAGACGAGGGCGGGGGGGGCGAGGAGCUGGGCGGGGGCGGGGUCUCCACAGACUCCUCGAGGGGGGAGAGGGGAAGUGGCGGCGGCGGCAGCAGCGGAGGGGGCGCGGCCCACAGCGACAGCACAGGGGGAGGGCCCGGGGGAGGGGGAGGAGGAGGAGGAGGAGGAGGAGGAGGAGGGAGCAGCAAUAGCAGCCCGGCAGGGAGCGGAGGGGCGGGACUGGGGCUCGCGAUGGGCGCCACGACCACCAACGACGCGCUGCUCUUCCACGAGAAGUGCGGCACGCUGAUCAAGCUGAGCAACAACAACAAGACGGCCGAGAGGCGCCGGCCGCUGGACGAGUUCAACAACGGCGUGGUCAUGACCAACCGGCCGCUCCGGCACAACGAGAUGUUCGAGAUUCGCAUAGAUAAACUGGUGGAUAAGUGGUCUGGCUCCAUCGAGAUCGGCGUGACGACGCACAACCCCAACAACCUAGAUUAUCCUGCUACCAUGACCAAUCUGCGCUCAGGUACAAUCAUGAUGAGUGGCUGUGGGAUCCUGACCAAUGGGAAGGGGACCCGGAGGGAAUACUGUGAAUUCAGCCUUGACGAGCUGCAGGAGGGAGAUCACAUAGGACUGAUGCGCAAGGCCAGCGGAGCGCUGCACUUCUACAUCAAUGGCAUAGACCAAGGUGUCGCUGCCGCCCAGACGCCCGGCGUGGUCUACGGCGUGGUCGACCUCUACGGCAUGGCGGUGAAGGUCACCAUCGUGCACAACCACAACCACAGCGACCGCCUGCGCCGCAACAACGCCAUCAUGCGGGCGCUGUCGCCCGACGUGGGCCGGCCCCGGCCCGCCCUCCUGCUCACCCCCGACCCCGACGCCCCCGACCGCCUCCUCUUCCACCCCAACUGUGGCCAGAAGGCGGCCAUCAUCAGUGAGGGCAGGACCGCGCUUCGCCCACACGCGACGGACGACUUCAACCACGGCGUGGUGCUGAGCGGCCGGCCGCUGCGCUCCAACGAGGUGUUCCAGGUGCGCAUCGACAAGAUGGUGGACAAGUGGGCGGGGUCCAUCGAGAUCGGCGUGACGACGCACAACCCCGCCUACCUGCAGCUGCCCUCCACCAUGACCAACCUGCGCUCAGGGACCUGGAUGAUGACAGGGAACGGGGUGAUGCACAAUGGGACGACAAUACUGGACGAAUACGGACACAACCUGGACAGGCUCAAAGCAGGAGACACGGUGGGCGUGGUGCGUAAGGAGGACGGCAGCCUCCACUUCUUUGUGAACGGCGUGGCGCAGGGCCCGGCGGCGUGGAACGUCCCCACCAGCGUCUACGCCGUGGUGGACCUCUACGGCCAGGCCGCGCAGGCCACCAUCAUGGACGACAUGGCCGACCUCCCCCCGCUCCCGGAGGACAGCUCCGAGGGCCCCGUCGCCAUGUCGCCCGGCAGCCCCUGCUCCAUCACCGGGGGCAACGGUGCAAACGACCUGCGCUUCCACCAGCUGCAUGGCACCAACGCCGUCAUCACCAACGGGGGGCGCACCGCCCUGCGUCAGAACUGCCGUAGCGAGUUCAACGAUGCCAUCGUCAUCUCCAACAGGUGCCUUCGAGACGGAGAGUUGUUUGAGAUUGUUAUCCAGAAGAUGGUGGACCGCUGGUCGGGGUCUAUUGAAGCAGGUAAGAUAAAAGCAGGCGUGACGGCCAUCAGACCCGAAGAGCUGGAGUUCCCCAACACCAUGACGGACAUCGACUACGACACCUGGAUGCUCAGUGGCACAGCCAUCAUGCAGGAUGGCACACCCAACACCAUGCGCAACAACUACGGUUGCGACCUGGACUCCCUGACCACGGGCUCCCGCAUCGGCAUGAUGCGCUCGGCCAGCGGGGACCUCCACUACUACAUCAACGGGGUGGACCAGGGCGUGGCCUGCACGGGGCUGCCGCCAGGUAAAGAGGUGUAUGCGGUCAUCGACCUGUACGGUCAGUGUGUCCAGGUGUCCAUCACAAGCGCCACAGGCCCUCUGGACAACAGCCUGUGCACCAGCAACAUCACCGAGAAGAGCUUCCCCCUCCUCUCUCCAGUGACGGGCGCGGCCCACCGCCUCCACAGCAAGCACGGGAAGAACGUGGUGCUCCUGGGGGAGGGCUGCCAGGCCGUCAGGGUGGGGGGCUACGCACACAGCAUCGUCUUCAGCGCCAAGGAGCUUCAGACCAACGAGCUGUUCGAGGUGAAGAUAGACGAGGUGGAUGAGCAGUGGUCGGGCUCCCUCCACAUGGGUCUGACCACGCUGCAGCCCCCCGAGCUGCCCUCCUGCCCCAUGUCGGGCCUGUCGCCCACCCUGCCCCAGCUCCGCUCCAAGGUCACCUGGCUGCUGGCCGGCUCUGAGGUGCGCCGCAACGGUGUGCUGCAGAGACAGAACUACUGCUGCUCCCUGGACAGACUGACGGUUGGGAACCGUGUCGGGGUGAAGAGGUGCAGUGAUGACACCAUGCACAUCAUUGACGGAGAGGACAUGGGACCUGCAGCCACCGCUGUAGCUAAGAAUGUGUACGCCGUGUUGGACCUGUACGGGCGCGUGACGGCCGUCUCCAUCGUCAGCUCCUCCCUGCUGGAGGAGGCCGAGAGCCUGAAGGCUCCCUCGCUGUCCUCCGACAGCUGCAGCGAAGGAGAGGAGGACGGCUCCCCGGUGAGACAGAGAGGAGGGAGGGAUGUGGACAGGGAGCCGGCCCUGGUGCCCACCAUCAUGGUCUUCCUGGAGAACCACGGGAAGAACAUCCAGCUGUCCAAUCAGAACCUGACAGCCGCCCGGGUCUCCAGCUACAACCAGGGUCUCCUGGUCACUGCGCAGCCCCUCCCCCGCCAGCAACUGUUCCAGUUUCAGAUCGACCGCCUUAACCCAUCGUGGACGUCGUCGCUGUCGCUAGGGGUGAUAGGCCUCCCCGACCGGCUGAACUUCCCGUCAACGGCCUGCUGUCUGAAGCGCUCAGCCUGGCUGCUCCAGAGAGACUCCGUCUUCCACAACUCCCUCAAGAUCUGUGAGAACUAUGGUCCUAACCUGGACACGUGUCCAGAGGGCACGGCUGGCCUGCUGGUGGAUGGGAACAGCUGUCUGCACCUGUAUGUGAACGGUAUGGACCAGGGGGUGGCUGCCCAGGACAUCCCCGCCCCCUGCUACCCCCUUAUAGACCUGUAUGGCCAGUGUGAACAGGUUACUAUAGUAACCAACAACGUACCGGCCGUGGGAGGGGAGAGCGGAGAGACGCGUUGCCAGGGCGACAUGGAGAAGGCUGAUAUGGUUGACGGUAUUAAAGAGAGUGUGUGCUGGACGCCCCCUCCAGAGGUCAACCCUAACAAGACGUGCGAGUACCAGGCCCUGUGCUCGCGCUUCAAGGACCUGCUCACUCUACCUGACGGCUACUUCAACGAGGAGGCCAAGUGCGGCCUGUGCUACUGCGAGUCCUGCCACAAGCUCCGGGGAGACGAGGCGUACUACAAGAGAGGGGAGCCGCCCCGGGACUACGCCCUGCCCUUCGGCUGGUGUCGCUUUGCCCUCAGGAUCAAGCCCCACUGCGAAGUGUCGAACGCGCUGAAGAAGUGGCACAUAGCCUACCACGGCACCAGCGUAGGAGCCCUGCGCCGCACCCUGGACCACAGCCAGCUGCUCUCUGGCACGUCGUCCAUCUUCUCCGUGUCUCCGGUGAAGACCGACGGGCCGAACGGCUACAGCGAGCCGGAGGAGAACAGCGCCCCCGAGAGGGAGGUUCCCAAAGUGCAGCUGUCCCCCACCAUGCGCUACUCUGGCCUGGAGGUGUUCGCCCCCAAAGUGCAAUUCCGGGACCCUCGUUCCCAACGCUGCCACCUGGCCCAGGUGGGCUUCCAGGUGUGCGUCCGGCCGGGUUCCUACAAGGUGGGGCCCCAGACGCUGGGCACCAGCGAGGCCCUCGACCCCCGCUUCAGCAACGCGGAGAUCGAGUGGAUCGCCAAGGAGCAGGGGUGCACGCUCCUCUACGGCCUGCUGAUCCGGGUGGAGUGAGGAGGGGGCGGGGCGGGGAGGGGCGGGGGGGGGGGAAACCUCCCACUUGAUCGCCCACCACAUUUCCACCCCGGCCUUCGAGGUUGAGACUCUUCGGAACGGCGUGUUCCCGCCGGGGAUUGCUGCCGAUUCACCCGUGUUAUUUUAACGUUUGUUUUGGUUUUUUGGACACUUUUUUUUUUAAUUACUUUUCUUUUGGAGGGGCUAUGGUGGUUCCAGAGAAGAACAGACACUGCCUGCACUUUAUGUUUUGGACUCGUGGGCGAUUUUUUACAAACUGCCGGUCGACGUUAGUUUUAGUUCACCACAGUUGUUUUCAGCCUCGGUUGCUUUGGUUACCACCCCCUUGGUUUCUCUCCAUCCAUCCACUCUCCCUCCCUCACACUCCCAUCAUCCCUACUUAACCCCCGCCACUUCCUGUUUGGAUCUUCAGGUGUGCGGAUGGUUGUUUUUACCCGUGUGGAAAACCAGCUGUUGGUGUCUCAUCCACAUGAACCUCACCACCACACAGCGAUGAUCAUCACCUGCUACUCUGCACGGACGAGAGCCGGUGGACUUUUUAAAAGACUCUUUACCGCGGGACAGAAAGGACGCUUGACGAAAGGACCCUGUUCGACGGCGACGCAAAAAGGAAGAUGGGGGGGAAAUAGACUUGAAACGGAGAACUCCGACGAGGAGGAGGACCUUGGAGCCUCUGUGGCUUUCGAAGGAGGACAUUUUGAAAACGGUCGAAAGCUGUUUACGGGUGUGACGCUGACGCUGUCCGUGUGCCCCCCCCCGCCUCCACCCUCAACAGUCUGUGUGCGUGUGUCUUGUUUCUUCCGUCUUUUCUUCUGUUCUCUCACAGCACUGAUUGUCUAACCCCCGUCCUCGUUCUUGUCAGUGGAAAGCACCUCACCACAACCCUCCCUGUACCAAGAGCUUAGUAAUGGAAUGUAUCGAACAGUUGAACAAAACAAAAAUUGCCCUUUCUGUGCAUUCGAACCCGUCAGUGGUCUCUAAAAUGUGGGACUUCCUGUUCAGUUGUGUUUUUUCUUGAUUGUUUCCUCCACUGAUGGUGAAAGGGUGACACACAGGAGUUCAUGUGAGGGUGAAAAUUGGACACAACAGGGCUGGAAUCCAUUUCAGCCUUUAUACUCUUUUCCAAGCACCUACCGUUAGGGUGAUUAACUACUAUAAGGCCUAUUAUAAGGCUUGGCGCAACAUCAAAUAUAUCUCACCUUACAGUAUAUCAUACACACUGGUUCUGAACCAAACAAGGGUAGCUGAGGCUGAAAGGAAAUCACGUUCAGAGUCCCUUGUCCCAUCCCUCGUUCAUGUCUCGUUCCGUUUCACUCGUUUACACUGGCGUCUUGUGUGCUGAUCCUCUUAGUCCCAUCUGACAUUGUUUACCAGGGAGGACAUUCGAAGCCAACCAUGUCUUUGGGUUCGCCGACUACAAGCGCUCUUACGCAAAGACUCUUAGGAAAUGGAGUCUUAAUUAUGGCCCUGAUGCUGGAGUUUACAUUGUGAAUGUGAUUCAUUAGGGCUCGGUUUGGGUUGUAGUCCGUUUGACGUUCCGCAACCUUCCGACACUUCGAUUUACACAUGACAAAGAUGUUACACAGGGGUUUACAACUUUAUCCAAAUAUUCACCUAAUAAUUGAUUGUACAUGGUCAGCUCUCCAAAGCAUAUCUUUCAACUACAUUCUGUUUUUUUUUAUGUUGCCAAUUAGAUAUACUCAUGUGUAACAUCACCACGUGCAUCCCCAUGCCCUGCCAUCUUGCCAAGGGGAGGGAGCGGAAAGGUUUGGGAAGUAGUCAAUUAUUUUGUUGCCUCCUCUGAUAAACUGUGUAAUGUUAUUUAUUGCAAAAGAUGGCAGUUUGAAAAAGAACUUGCUUGCAAAGUCCAAUCAUAAUGUGAAAAUAUGGGGUUAUUUACGGCCCAGUGCUGCUUUUUAUGAGAAUUCAUUUGUAUUACUGUUUUUGUCUUGUUUCAUUUUGUUCUCUAUGUUGCGUUGUACAGGCUGUUACAUAACAUAAAAUCAUAUCUUCCUGAUUUGUAAAAAAAUUAAUAAUAAACCGACAAAGCGACAGUAUGCACAUAUA